AUGAGAGAAGCCGAAGUGGAACAUUUCUUAGCCAAACAGAGACAAAAAUGCAAGUUUUUCGAAGGUAUGUCCACGUUUGGCAAUAUGUCGGAGGCCACCGGAAUCAACUUAUUCGGACAUAACGUCACUGAUGAAGAUCAAUUGGAAAAGUAUCGCGGCGUCAAGAGCAACGGAACAGAAAUUCGUCAAUGCCCGCCAUUCUUCGACGGUUUGCUCUGCUGGUCGCAUACUGAUGCACCAGGAACAGCCACUUUGCCCUGUCCACCGGCCUCGGUUAUGGGAUACACCGAUCUCGCGAGCGACAACCUGAGAAAGCUUGCGGUGGCCAGCAAAGUCUGUUUGGCCAACGGCGAAUGGUACAAGAACUCGGAUGGCAUCUCCUGGAGUAAUUACAGCCUGUGCGUGUUGAAUCUCACGCGUCAUAUUGAAAACAAUUAUUUGCCGUUGUACGAGACGCCAGCGGAGUUUGCGCUACUAAAUAAAUGGCUGCCGAUUAUUAGAAUGAUAUCGCAUAUUGGAUAUAUUACUUCGUUUACCACACUAAUCGUUGCUAUGGUAGUUUUUUCCUUACUUAGGAAACUCAGGAAUCCCAGAAAUAGAUUGCACAUGCACCUAUUUGCAUCCUUUAUCAUGAGAGCUUUUAUGGCACUCCUUAAAGAUUGGAGUUUCAUAGACGGCAUCGGAUUAACUUGGAAUGUCGUAUUUGUCGGAGAGAAUGCUUUUAUCAAAGAGGAAAAUACUUGGGUCUGUAAAGUCAUUACGAGUCUAUGGCAAUAUUUCAUUGUGGCAAAUUAUUCAUGGACCUUGAUGGAAGGAUUGUAUUUGCACAAUCUAGUUUUUCUAGCGCUAUGUACCGACAGCAGCACAAUAGCUCUAUAUAUCGCACUAGGAUGGGGUCUCCCUGUCUUGGUAGUAGUGCCAUGGAUUAUAUUUCGCGCGACUAUUGAGGACACUCUCUGCUGGACCACUCAUAACAAUUCCUCACUGUUUCUCAUCAUAAGAAUACCAAUGAUUAUAUGUAUUUUAUUCAAUUUUCUACUGUUCCUCAAUAUCGUUCGCGUCCUGCUGGUGAAGCUGAAGACAUCGGUGCAUCUGCAACGGAAAAAAAUGAAAUACAAGAGAUGGGCGAAAUCAACUCUAGUCUUAUUACCACUCUUCGGAAUACAUUAUACAAUUUACUUGGGGUUGUCCUACCAUAAGGAUUACCGGGUAGAACUCGUAGGGCUUUUUUGCGAUCAACUAUUUGCAUCCUUCCAGGGCGCCUUCGUGGCUUUUCUUUAUUGUCUGCUAAACGGUGAAGUCAGAGCAGAAAUGCAUCGAGCGUGGAAAGCUCGACGAUCAAAGAGGGAGGUCGAUUCCUUCAUCUCUAGACAUACGAGAAAUUCAAGAGAUGGAAUCAAUCGAAAACGGAUCGAUCGGAUGACGACACCAAUUUUACGAUAA